UUCUUUUCUUGUGCUUCCCAAAUCCUUCCGAUUCGUCAGAGUGGGAGUGUGGAACCAGUUGUACCAUGCCAAGUGGGUAAUGGAAAAUGUGUGGGUCCCUCUUCCUUUUCAUAUUGUAUGUACAACAUGUUGAAUAAGUACCAAACUUAUCGAAGGAGACAAAAGGGAAUACAAUUCCUCAUUCCAUUCCUUGCUUUCAGACAAUCUCCGAGAAAGAGCAUCUCUCCAGAAGGCUUAAUUUUUUUUCUUUCUUGAAUGUAUCUAAUUCCCCAGUUACUAGAUGCCCCAGUCAAAAGAAUCUUCUACAUUACCUUCCAUAUCACCAAUAAAAAAAUAAUGUUCUUUUUAUUUUUGAUAGCUAGGCUGGAAUUAAUCCUCAUUUCCAAUCUCAUUAGUUUACUAUCAGCAGCAUUUUUUUGUGAUUCUGAAGGCAUUAUCAACAAGAAAUGUGAUUUCAAGACUCGGAUGUGAGUCGAUCUGUAGAUAUAACUAUUUUAAAGAAUCCCCCGGAGGCUUAGAAGGCCUCGAAACCAUGAGAAAGUGGAUUCCCCUUCCUGGGUCAGAAAAUUCCUCACCCAUCAAGGAAUGAGGUUCCUACUUUUGCCAGAGGGACCAAUGCAAAAGAAUACAAAAGCUUUGGUGGAUCUAUUCUUGUACCUAUUGCAAGGUGUGAAGUGUUCCGGAAAGUUAUUGUGCAGAGGAAUUCAAAUGGGAAGUAAUUGUCUAGGAAAGGAAAGUGGAGUUCCAGGACAGGGCCCACCGAUACCCACAGUGAGAAGGACAAUAUCUCUUUUCAAGUCACUGUGAAGAUCAGAUUGGGCCGAGUGUUCCGCCGGUUCUGUCCAAGAUUCUAUACUCUCUCAUUUUGCUUUAUAAUGACAACCCCAUGCAACCCUUCAUUUCGUAAGAGCUGGUCAAAGACCGAAAAUAAGCGUAUGCACAUAUUCCGGCAGCACAUAUAGCACAACUGAGCUCUCGCCUCUCAAGGAAUAGUAGGCUAGAUCAAGGAGAAAGAGGAAGAAAGGUAAGAACUCAAUUUGCCAUGACACUAUUUUCUUGCUUUCCCAUCUCAAGACAGAUAAGUGAAUGUUGUCUCUGAAUAACAGAUGUAUCAUCAUCAUCAUCACCACGGGAAGACCAGCUUCCCUUCUUCAACGAUGUCUAUUCCUCCAGAAAGACAUUUGUUCCUGCAAAAUGGAAAUGGCCGUGGAGAUACAGGAUUAAUUCUCUCAACUGAUGCUAAGCCCAGAUUGAAGUGGACACCAGAGCUCCACGAACGCUUCAUUGAAGCUGUCAAUCAGCUUGGAGGAGCAGACAAGGCUACUCCAAAAACAGUUCUGAAGCUCAUGGGGAUUCCAGGGCUUACCUUGUAUCACUUAAAAAGCCAUCUUCAGAAAUACAGACUCAGUAAGAAUCUCCACGGACAAGCUAAUAUGGGGACCAACAAGAAUGUGGCAGGAGACAGGAUAUCUGAAGCAAGUGGAGCACUAAUGAGCAAUACAAGCCCCAGUUCCCAGACAAACAAAAACUUGCAGAUAAGUGAAGCAAUUCAAAUACAAAUUGAAGUGCAGAGAAGGCUGCAUGAACAGCUUGAGGUGCAGCGACACCUACAGCUCCGGAUAGAAGCCCAGGGAAAAUACCUUCAGUCGGUGCUGGAGAAAGCCCAGGAGACACUUGGAAGACAGAACCUGGGCUCUGUGGAAUUUGAUGCUGCAAAAAUGCAGUUUCCGGAACUAGUCUCCAAAGUAUCUGCUGAAUGUCUGAACUCCACCUUCCCUGAGUUGAAAGAAUUGCAAGGUUUGUGCUUGUGUCCUCAGCAAACACAAAAAAUGCAGCCCACGGAUUGUUCAGUGGAUAGUUGCUUGACCUCAUGUGAAGGAUCUCAAAAGGACCAAGAGAUACAUAAUAUUGAGGUGGGUUUGAGACCUUAUCAGAGUAGUGCAUCUCUGGGCCUAAAGGAAAUUGUGGAUGACUCCAGGAUUGAGCAGCCUGAACCUACAUGGGGAGAAGACCUGAAUGAAAAUAAAAUGUUUUCUUCUUCCAUCGGAAGAGAUGCCGAAAGAAUCAUGUUCCCCAUGCAAAGAAGCUGCAGCAGUUUAUCUACGACCAGUAGGGUUCAGGGAGAAAACCGGAAUGCCAGCAGCAGCUUUGCUGAGGCAAGAACCAAAGAAGGAAAUGAAGAUGACAGCUUCCUUAACCAAAACAGUGCUAGAAGACCUGUGGCUAAUCUGGAGAAUGAUAUGUCAAAAGGGUUCAGAUUGCCACAUUUAACAGCAAAACUGGAUUUAAAUACCCAAGAAAAUGAUAGUACCACUCACAAACAAUUUGACUUGAAUGGAUUCAGCUGGACCUAAGAGGUGGCAUUGUAGUUGGACAUAGUAGAUCAACCUAAGUCCAUGCUCAUUGGACACUUACAGUUUUCCUUCCAUCUCCUUGGAGGUAGUUCAGACUUCAGAAAGGUAGCUCUCUGUUCAGCAUUCAGCACUGAAAACUAUUUUGCAAUGGCAGCAUAUCAAGGUUGAUGACUUGAGCUCAGGAUGAAGCUAGGAUCGAAGGCAACAAAGAUGAAAAUGAGACCCAACCAUCCGAUUAAAUUGAGAAAUCAAUAACAGAUGUUGCUCCGAGAAAAAUGUAUUUUCCAUUGUUUAAAAUCUUGUGAAAAGAGUAACACUUAAUAGUAGAUUGUGCUACAUAACUUCUUAGCUUGCAAUGAAAUGCAUGUGAACCUCAAAGUGAAUGUUUAGGUCAAUAAACUUUAAUAUUUCUGCACAAUACAUGAAUUGUAAGUAGCAAGCUGGUUAAAUAGGAAAUAUCAGCU